AUGGCUAUCCAUCCCCGUCUACACCCAGAGGGUUCGCAAGGGCACCUGUCACCGCAACAAGCCCUAGCCAUCUCUGCAUGGACAGAGCAACAUGCAGCAGCGACCCUGCAGGACUUGACCCUAUCAGACUCUGCUUCUGCCCCUGCAGCGAGGACGCCGUCUACACCGACCCCGAUGCGCCCGGGUCUGCGCGGAGCCACCGUUUCACUGUCUAUCCCUCUCGACGAUGAAGCGAUCCCAUCCCAACGAAUCAAGGUCGAGUCCCGGCCUCCGGCAGUCAACUUCCGACGUCGGGAGCCUCUGCGCCGGGAUGGUCUCAAGACCCGGGAGGCUCUUCUCAAGGGCAAAGACGGCAGUCGUCGAAGACAGCGUUGGGAGAACGGUACGUAUAUGAACCAGAUAGGUCGCGAUGAACGCCAACUCUAUACCUUUGAUGGCUUCGGCGCAGGAUCGUCUGUUGCACAACCCGUGGGCGGAACCGCCGUCUUCAAAGGACUGGGAUAUCCAACCUACCUAUACUCGUCGGCUUUGAAGGCUGCCGAGAGAGCUACUGAGAAGCAUCACAUUCCCAAGGAACUGAGAUCAAAGCUGAAGCAUGCGCGUGCUGCGCAUGGCAUGCUCCGAGACCUGGAAGAUGAAGUCCGUACGUUUAUUCAGAAGUGGAACGAGAGGGAGCUUCUGCUUGAGAAAGAGGGGUUGCGAGAUGCUCCCGAGGACUUGGCUAGUGAUGACUCGGAAGAUGAGAUCGUAUUUGUCGGUCGUAAUGGGCAGAUGCACGACUCUCCUGAGCGAAAGGAGAGACUCCGCCUGCUCCGAGAGGAGAUCAGCUCUCACAGCGAACGGGAGGGUGAGAAAAUGGUGCUCGAGACUCUAGCCGAUGAUCGGGCCGCUGGAUUCGGUCGCUGGUUGGUCCACUCCAUUGCAUCAUAUUAUGGAUUGCACACUUGGUCCGUCACAGUAGAAGACCGACGAGAAGCCUAUGUAGGCUUCCGGCCUCCGGUUCCGGGAAGCCAUACCGGGCUCGUUUCCCACCCAGCUUGUCAUUCAGAGACCUUGAUCAAGCCUGGUGAUGAGCUUCCUCGGCCCCUUUAUGCGCAGGUGUAG